GCGCAGCGCGGAGUCCCGGCCCGGGACACAAGAUGGCGGCAGCGGCGCUGGGGAGGGCGAGGCGGAGGCGGCAAAACGGGCGGUCGAGCAGAACGUGUAACCGCGUCCCCUCGAGUCCGCUGCGGGCAGUUGCUGAUGCAAGAAAUCCCCUGGGCCCCCGUCCACUCCACUGCUGACCAGCCCACCCGCCUGCGCUGAGCUUUCCUGCAGGCCUUCCCACUGCCUCUGUGGGACCCUGUGACGUGGGGGUCCAUCCGGCUGGAGAAGAAAAUCCUCUCAUGCUAGCAUUGCAGACCCCAGAGGGUGAGAGAAAGUGAGACCUCGUUCAGCCUUGAGACCUGUGGGCCCAGCCCCAAGGCAUCAGGAAUUCCUCCUCCCCAGAGAACCAAGGCAGUGACCCUUGGUCAGUGGUUCCAAACCUUUUCGUUAUCCUGGCACCCUUUUGUUGUAUGUCCGGUGUGGAUGCCGAGAUGGCCAAUGAGAAUCACGGCAGCCCUCGGGAGGAAGCGUCCUUGCUGAGUCACUCCCCAGGCACCUCCAAUCAGAACCAGCCCUGUUCUCCAAAGCCCAUCCGCCUGGUGCAGGACCUCCCAGAGGAGCUGGUGCAUGCGGGCUGGGAGAAGUGCUGGAGCAGAAGGGAGAACCGUCCCUACUACUUCAACCGAUUUACCAACCAGUCCCUGUGGGAGAUGCCCGUACUGGGCCAGCAUGACGUAAUUGAGCGGGGGCAGGAGGGCAUCAGGAUUCCUAAGCUGCUGGCCCUGGCUGCAACUCUGCUGGUCUCCCUCCACCAGUCGGACCCUUUGGGGCUGAAUGCGACCCCCCUGCCCCAAGACUCAAGCUUGGUGGAAACCCCCCCGGCUGAGAACAAGCCCCGAAAGCGGCAGCUCUCGGAAGAGCAGCCCAGCGGCAAUGGCGUGAAGAAGCCCAAGAUUGAAAUCCCUGUAACACCCACGGGCCCAUCGGUGCCCAGCUCCCCCAGCAUCCCAGGAACCCCUACACUGAAGAUUUGGGGGACGUCCUCUGAAGAUAAACAGCAGGCAGCUCUCCUCCGACCCACUGAGCUGUACUGGGACCUGGACAUCCAGACCAACGCUGUCAUCAAGCACCGGGGGCCCUCGGAGGUGCUGCCUCCCCAUCCUGAGGUGGAGCUGCUCCGCUCCCAACUCAUCCUGAAGCUUCGGCAGCAUUACCGGGAGCUGUGCCAGCAGCGAGAGGCCUGCCGCCUGAAUCCAGACCUUCAUCAGCUCUCCUGUCCCGCAGGCAUUGAGCCCCCUCGGGAAUCCUUCAACCGCUGGAUGCUGGAGCGCAAGGUCGUGGACAAAGGCUCUGAUCCCCUGUUGCCAAGCAACUGUGAACCGGUCGUGUCACCUUCCAUGUUUCGCGAAAUCAUGAAUGACAUUCCCAUCAGGUUAUCUCGAAUCAAGUUCCGGGAGGAAGCCAAGCGCCUGCUCUUCAAAUACGCAGAGGCUGCCAGGCGGCUCAUCGAGUCCAGGAGUGCCUCUCCCGACAGCAGGAAGGUGGUCAAGUGGAACGUGGAGGACACCUUCAGCUGGCUACGGAAGGACCACUCCGCCUCCAAGGAGGACUACAUGGAUCGCCUGGAGCACCUGCGGAGGCAAUGUGGGCCCCACGUCUCGGCCGCAGCCAAGGACUCCGUGGAAGGCAUCUGUAGUAAGAUCUACCACAUCUCCCUGGAGUAUGUCAAACGGAUCCGAGAGAAGCACCUUGCCAUCCUCAAGGAAAACAACAUCCCAGAGGAGGUGGAGGCCCCCGAGGUGGAGCCCCGCCUGGUGUACUGCUACCCAGUGCGGCUGGCCGUGUCUGCACCCCCCAUGCCCAGCGUGGAGAUGCACAUGGAGAACAGCGUGGUCUGCAUCCGGUACAAGGGCGAGAUGGUCAAGGUCAGCCGCAACUACUUCAGCAAGCUGUGGCUCCUUUACCGCUACAGCUGCAUUGACGACUCUGCCUUUGAGAGGUUCCUGCCCCGAGUCUGGUGUCUUCUCCGACGGUACCAGAUGAUGUUUGGCGUGGGCCUCUACGAGGGGACAGGCCUGCAGGGAUCGCUGCCCGUGCACGUCUUCGAGGCCCUCCACCGACUUUUCGGCGUCAGCUUUGAGUGCUUUGCCUCACCCCUCAACUGCUACUUCCGCCAGUACUGCUCCGCCUUCCCUGACACCGAUGGCUACUUUGGCUCCCGCGGGCCCUGCCUGGACUUCUCUCCCCUGAGCGGCUCCUUCGAGGCCAACCCUCCGUUCUGCGAGGAGCUCAUGGACGCCAUGGUCUCCCACUUCGAGAGACUGCUCGAGAGCUCGCCAGAGCCCCUGUCCUUCAUCGUGUUCAUCCCUGAAUGGCGGGAACCCCCGACCCCAGCGCUCACCCGCAUGGAACAGAGCCGUUUCAAGCGCCACCAGCUGGUCCUGCCUGCCUUCGAGCAUGAGUACCGCAGCGGCUCCCAGCACGUCUGCAAGAAGGAGGAAAUGCACUACAAGGCCGUCCACAACACAGCCGUGCUCUUCCUGCAGAACGACCCCGGCUUUGCCAAGUGGGGGCCCACCCCCGAGCGACUGCAGGAGCUGAGUGCCGCCUACCGGCAGUCGGGCCGCAGCCACGGCUCUGGCAGCUCAUCAUCCUCCUCGGAGGCCAAGGACCGGGACUCAGGCCGGGAGCAGGGCCCCAGCCGGGAGCCUCACCCCACUUAACACAUCCUGCGGGGAGGCGGAGCCCCAGGGUGCUGGUAUGGACUGCAGGGGCUCAGGCUCCUUCUGGGUGGCAGCAGGACUCAGGCUGCCAAUGACGUAGGAAGAUCAUGGCUCUGCCAGGGCUCCCCCUCCCUGCCCCAUCCCCCAGCUGCCCACCUCAGACUCACUCCAAGCCCCCUGUAAAUAGGCCCCACGCCUCUCCUUCCUCCCCUUACCCCAUCUUGUUGCCACCUUGUUUCAUUUGUAAAAGGAAAUACAGAAACCUCCCAAGAA